UCUUCCUGCUUUAUUCAUGCGGAUCCUCACGCUGGAAAACUCAAAAACCUGAACAAAAUAUCUCCCUUUUGUAAUGUCAAUGACUCAUUAAUCAAAGGAAGUUUCAUAUGAACAAUGGCCAUGCUAUUUGCUCGAUGCAUCCCCUAUCCAUUUCAUUAUAGAACCCAUAUCACACUGUAUGCAUUGAAUUAUUCUUCCUCUUGCAAACCCAAGAUCCCAUUCUCUUUCUCUCUCUACCAUAAACACCAGAAGCCAUUGAAUUCUUCCUACCCAUCUCAUUUUCUAAAAAAAUCAGUAAAGGGAACCCAAAUUUGGAGGACCAAUGCUGAAUCUGGAGAAGCUUUGAUAUCCACAGAGACCCAAUCAUCAGGGGCCCAAGAAAUUGUUUCCUCUGAUGAAAAUAGUGGGUCAUUCAUAAUCUCUGUCCUUCUCUUAAUUGCUUUUGUGGGUCUCUCAAUACUCACUAUUGGGGUUGUGUACAUUGCGGUAACAGAUUUAUUGCAGAAAAGAGAGAGAGAAAAGAUUGAAAAGGAAGAGGCAGCCAAGAAGAAGAAGGAUGGGAAGAAAGGGAAGGUCAGGGCUAAAACUGGUCCUAGAGGAUUUGGCCAGAAGAUUGUUGAGGAAGAAGAUUAGGGUCCCCUUAAGAGCAGGGCUGACCAAGUGGGGGUGUUUUUCGCUCCAAAUAGUAGAGGAAAAAAGAUGGCCAUGCUCCCAAAAUUUGGCCCAUCCAAGUGGGGCUUGAUGCAUGAGGUAUAAUUUUGAUAGUUUCUUAAUUUGUGUUGAUAGUUGUCAACUUAAUGUUAUCUUAUGCCAUGUCUACAAGUUGACUGAACCAAUGAAGAAAUAGGUAUGAAAAAUCUGCCAAACUUGCUAACGGAGCUCAUCUUUAUAUUGAACUAGCAUUUUCUCAAGAAAUAACUUCCUUGAAGUAACAAUCUCAUUCGGACCAACAUAGUUUUAUUCGCUCGACCGGUCCAGCAAAAAUAUAGGUCUCCUUUGAUCCUUCAAGCACGGCAUAUUAUAGAUCAAUGCCUCGUUGCUUCAUUAGAUUCACUGACUUCCAUUAAUCAUUCAUGCCUGCAAAUGAAUUUCGCAUUGACAUAGUUCUUUUGAAUAAUCGAUUAAUGUGAACCAACAAAUUUGUAUAACUAUAUCAUAGAUAGAUGUUUUCCUACUUUUUUUCAUGCUUGUGUGUGAUUUUCAGACCUAUAUGGAUUUCAUCUAAUGACAAUCAGCAAGUUUAUGACCAGCAUGU